GAAAUCAUGCGCUGAAACAUAACCAACAAUCAUUGAUCGUUGUUUUGGAGUGAUAAAGCACUUUAGUGAAUAUUUAGGUAUACAGUUUUUGCUGUUUAAAAAUUGUAAGAAAAUGAGUUUAGCUAUGAAUGCUCCUAUUGCUAGCUACGAUAAUAUGUGUUCGCAUGACUGGAUAGAUGCUCCUCAUAGUACAGGUACCUCUAUAAUGGCAGUUGAAUUUGAUGGUGGAGUUGUUAUUGGAGCUGAUUCUCGUUCAACCACUGGAGCAUACAUUGCAAACCGCUAUGCUGAUAAGUUAACGAAAAUAACAGAUCACAUUUACUGUUGUCGUUCAGGAUCAUCAGCUGAUACACAAGCUAUUGUUGAUGUGGUGGUGUAUAAUUUAAAUUUUCAUGCAACGGAGCUUGGUGAAGCUCCUCUCGUUGAAAGUGGAGCUGCUGUUUGUAAGGAACUGUGUUACAAUUACCGUGAUUCAUUAAUGGCAGGUUUGAUUGUUGCUGGAUGGGAUCGUAAGAAAGGUGGGCAAGUGUAUUCUAUUCCAAUAGGAGGAAUGUGUGUUCGGCAACCUGUAUCAAUUGGAGGAUCUGGUUCAACCUAUGUUUAUGGCUAUGUUGAUGCAAAUUAUAAACCAGGAAUGACUCAAAAUGAAUCAGUGGAAUUUGUUAAAAAUUCGCUUGCUCUUGCAAUGGCUAGAGAUGGCUCAUCAGGAGGAGUUAUUCGCAUUGGCAUUAUAACAGAGAAAGGUAUCGAGAGGCACAUUUUUGAGGGCGAUUCUAUUCCAAAAUUUUAUGAAGGUUAAUUUAAUGUAUAAAUAAAUAUUGUAAGUCUACUUUUUAAAGAAAUGAAUGAUCUUUACAUUUA